GCCCUCUGCCCUUUCUUGCUUGAUCACGCGUUCCUUCUCCUCCCCCCACCAAUCCGUUCUCAAACCUGCGGCUCCCCUCGUAACCCUAGAAAUGCCUGGCUCCCAUUUCGCCACCGGCGACGCCGUCGAAGUCCUGAAGCGGGACGACGGCAGCGGCGGCGGUUCCUUCCAGCUCACUUACUACCCCGCCGCCGUCCGCCGAGCACCCGCCAAGCAGCGGAACAAGAUUCUGGUCGAGUACCAGACGCUGAAGAACGGGUCGGUACCAGCGAAGGAGCUCGUCGAUUGCUGCAGCGUGAGGCCCGCCCCGCCGCCGGACGCUGGGGCAUUGUUCAAAGAGGGAACCGACGUAGACGUCUACAGCGAAGGCGGUUGGCACGCAGGGAUUGUGAAGGAGAUACUUGGGAAUUCCAAGUACCUGGUGGCGUUCGCUCGCCGGAGUGAAGGAAUCGUGGCGGAGCAGUGCACUCUCAGGCACCAUCGGGACUGGAUUGGAGGCGAUUGGUUCCCGCCUCUACGGCAAGUCCUUCCGCCGAGGAAGCGCUAUGUGGAGGAGCCAAAACCUGGGAAAAUAAAGCUGAAGAUCAAACGCGGAAAAGGGGAAACCGAGACAACGUUGAGAAAAGGGACGAGAAUUGAAGUGAAAUCUGAUGAUGCCGGUUUCGAAGGUUCUUGGUUUGCUGGGAUCAUAAUCGAUCUCGAAGGGACGAACAAGUAUUUGGUUCAAUAUCUGAACCUACUAAACGAGGAACAAACUGCUUCAUUGAGAGAAGUGGUAAGCGCAGGCAAUGUAAGGCCUUACCCACCUGAAACUCAGUCAGGUAACUGUUACAAGUUUCUUGACAAGGUGGAUGCUUGGUAUAACGAGGGCUGGUGGGAAGGUGUGGUGUUGCGAGUGGAUGAGAGAUCGAAUAAGUAUAUGGUCUUUUUCCCAUUUACAAAGGACAACGUUUAUUUUGAAGCUUCAAGUCUCAGGCCUCAUAUGGAAUGGGUGAAUGGGAAAUGGGUCAAGGAGAAAUCUGCCAAAGUCAACCAUGAGGUGAGACAGACAGGUUCCGGUUACAGCAAGGGAUUGAAGGUUGAGGUCAAAACUGAUGAAGUUGGUUACCAGGAUGCUUGGUUUGUGGCAACCAUUCUCGAUGUCCCAAGGAAGGAUAGGUAUCUGGUGCAAUAUGAUAAUCUUCUCGCCAACGAUGAAACCAAGUUCCUGGAAGAGGAGGUGAAUGCUUGUGACAUCCGUCCAUGUCCUCCACAGGUGCCAGAUAUUCACCCUUAUGGACUUCUCGAUAUUGUGGAUGCUUGGUGUAAUGAUGGGUGGUGGGUUGGCUGCAUUAUCAGAGCUUCUAGAGAGAUGAAGUACAGAGUCCAAUUUGGGACAGGAGAAGAGUUGGAUUUUCAGCAUACCCAGCUGAGACCUCAUCAAGAGUGGAGUGCUGGAAUGUGGUGCUCUGUUCCUAAGGAUUGGAAGUUUUGAUGACCACCCAUCUAAAGGAGAGUACAUCCAGUUGAAGAAUCUAACUCUAGAAACCCAGAAAUAGCUCUGAGAAUGUGAUUGGGUUGGUAGAAAACUCAGUAGGAAAUCCUACUUUUUUUUUACCUAUUUAGUAUUUACCUGUAGAAAAGUGGCUCGCUUCCUUGUUCUUCAACCUCUUAUCCUACCCUAUGCCAUACCUCCCUCCAUUUUCCCAUAGGAUCUAUGCACAAGUAACUGUAAAGACUAUUGCAGAAGAACUGCCUUUAACUUGGACGAGUAUAAGAGGUUCCUGUGUAUACAUUCCUCUGUGUUCAUGUUAUCUCAGCAAGUUGUUGUCUGAAGUUGACUGUCUUGGUGUUUUCGGAGUUCUAGAGUAUCAUUUUCGACGAGUCAAGAGCUGAAGAUGAUGCGCAACAAAAGAGGAAGAAGUAAUGAUAGUAGAAGAUAACAAAAGGGAGAGGCUACCCGAUUCUCUCCCUUCGGCCUCCAAUCCCAGCCAACAUAUUCUUUUCCCUAUAUGAGAGUUCCAGAGAUGAACAGAACUUCAAUGGUUUUAUGCAUAUUAAUACCCAUUCAAUAAAACGCCAGUCGGAUUCCC